AUGAAGCGCUCACGCGGGCCUGAAGAAGACGAAUCAAGCGGGUAUCCAACAACCAACAGCGAUGAGCUGGAUGGUGCAGAACCUCGACAGACUGAACUUCCCGCAGCCAAGAUCACCGAGUUGGACGAGUCGGCUGUAGACACCAGUCGUUCUAUUGCUAUGAGGUGCUCGCUGCCCCCUCACAGGGAGCCCCUAUUUUUUACUACAUACGUAGAUUAUGAGGCCCAUUACAACAAAACCCACACAAAUCGAUGUUCUGAGUGUAGGCGAAACUUUCCCUCAGAGCACUUGCUCAGUGUUCACAUUGAGGAAAGCCACGAUGCAUUUGCAGCAGUGUUGAGGUUGAGAGGGGAGCACACAUAUUCGUGCUUCGUUGAAGGGUGUGACCGGAAAUGUGCAACACCCCAGAAGCGACGCAUGCAUCUUAUUGACAAGCACAUGUACCCCAAAAACUACUUCUUUGCAGUGACCCGAGAAGGCAUCGAUGGCAGGAACUCGCUUUUGCUCGAGGGCGGACAUCCUCGUCGGAAAUCUUCUGCGAGCCAGCAUGGGGAGUCAAAGGCUGUGUCCAGAAGACAAAGCCUUCGGCAAACGGAUGCAUCAAACGAAACAGAUCCCGAGGAAGUAAAGCCUUUGGCGAAAACGUCUGAGGAAGCCGCGACAGCUAAGGAGCCUGUGGACACUGAGAUGGACGACUUAGCUGGGGCUAUGUCAUCUUUGCAGUUCGUGCCGACAAGUAUUCGAUUUGGUCGCGGCAAAGGCAGGGGAGGAUUCUCCAGGCGAUGA